GCUAAUCAAUGGUUCGCGUCUCGACUGCGCUUUGUUGGAACCUGUACUUCUUCAUUCGAAGUCGUAGUUUCUUGUCAGUGACUGGUGCUUCCGCAGCGCUACGUCACUUUUCCGUUUACUCAAAGCCUACUGAAUUGCAAUGUAUGCAAGAACAUUACCUGGAUAUGUGCAAGCGAUGUGAAGUGCGAGCAGUCGAACUGACACAAGUUGACCCGAAUGCCGUGUUUGUCAAUAACGAAGUGAAACUGAGCAAUCUACAGAUAUUCGGAUUUGACUUUGACCACACCUUGGCCACGUACACGAAGUCACUGGAUGAAUUUAUUUUCAACGAAGCGCGUGAUUGGAUGGUUAAGCAAUUGAAGUAUCCGGAUGAUCUGAUGAAUUUCACCUACAGCCCUGACUUCGCCAUUCGUGGUCUACAUUAUGACGUGAAAAAAGGCUAUUUGAUGAAGGUGGAUGCCUAUCAUCACAUCCAACUGGAUACGGUCUAUCGUGGCUUCACGCCGGUAUCUUGUGAGGAGACCCUCGAGGUGUACAAUGGAAGUCAUUUGCCCAGCGAUAUUUUAAAGCAAAAUACCCUUACUAGUUCUGCCCUCGCAAUGCGCAGCUCAUCCAAGCACCCUCUCAUGUUCCAGCUAAUGGACUUCUUCACGAUACCAGAAUUCUAUCUACUUUCGUCCAUUAUCGAGCUUUUCGAACGGCAGAAGAUUAAGUAUCAGCCCAUCAACGUUUACCAGGACGUUUCGUCUUCCGUUUCUCGAGUCCACAAAUCCGGCCUACUUGGUUUGAAUAUUAUGGCCAAUCCAGAGCGACACAUUUAUCGUGACCCCCAUUUGGCGGCCUUUCUUAACAAACUGGUUACGGACGGGAGGAAAUUGUUCCUCAUUUCAAACAGUUCUGCAGCUUUCAUUGAUCGCGGAAUGCGGUUCCUAAUCGGGGAGGAUUGGCGAGAAUUGUUCGAUGUGAUUAUCUCGCGGGCCAACAAGCCGUUGUUUUUUCAACAAAGUGCGAACCAAUUUCGGCAUAUGGACGACCGUGGACACUUCAAAGACUGGGAAGGUGUCCGAUCACUUUCGAGAGGCCAUAUUUACGAUGGAGGUUGUCUCGAACAACUCAUCAGUUUGACGCACUGGAACGCGCAGCAUAUCCUCUAUUUCGGUGAUCACGUUUAUUCAGAUUUGGCGAUAUGUAUGAUCUCGGGGGCGAGAUGGCUCAGGUGGUUAGAGCGUGAAUUUACUUAUCGCAAGGUCCGUGUUUCGAACCCGACCUCUGACUCUCGACUUCUCCUGCCUAGGCUUGGGCAACCUAGCAGCAUCCCAGCCCUCGUACUUCCUUCGGGUGGCAUGGCAGCUAGGCACCGGAGGGGUGUUACAGCUGAACGAUAUGAUGUAUCGAAUCUCCAGGGUUGGACGACGGCCGCCGUAAUUCCUGAACUGGAACACGAGAUAAUGGUUAACAACACCUUGGAGUUCCGACGCUGUUCGACAAAACUACGCCACUUAGAAGAAUUGAUCAACAGCUACCAACAUGCAUGUUCCCCCGAAGCGAGAACCCUGCUCCGUUCAUGGCUGCUGGAACGAAAUGAUCUCCGAGUCAGUUCGAAGAUAUCGUUUAACAAAUACUUUGGCAGCAUCUUUCGUUCGUUCCACAAUCCCUCUUAUUUCAGUCGUCGCCUGGCCCAGUAUGCCGUGCUUUAUACUUCAAAGGUCUCCAAUUUAUACAGAUACCCGUUGGAUCAUAUCUUCUAUCCGAAGCGUACCGGUUUGCCCCACGAACCCGCAUGCAUGCAUGUUCCCCCGAAGCGAGAACCCUGCUCCGUUCAUGGCUGCUGGAACGAAAUGAUCUCCGAGUCAGUUCGAAGAUAUCGUUUAACAAAUACUUUGGCAGCAUCUUUCGUUCGUUCCACAAUCCCUCUUAUUUCAGUCGUCGCCUGGCCCAGUAUGCCGUGCUUUAUACUUCAAAGGUCUCCAAUUUAUACAGAUACCCGUUGGAUCAUAUCUUCUAUCCGAAGCGUACCGGUUUGCCCCACGAACCCGCAUGGUGGCAAUAGCUACCUGGCUCCCCACAUUAGUAUUUACGUAUUACUUGUUCCUCAAAACAUUCCUCCCCUUUUGUGAAUCGUCGCACACACUUCCCAGUUAUGUGUGCUCAGGUUUCACCAAACUGAGUUUUGCCCAGGUCUUUCGAAUUGUGUUUUUCUUCAGAUCCUAUGUGAUGCAUCUUCAAUUAGUUACUGCUUUCUUUUCUGAAAGAAUCCAUUGUCGGAUUUUUAUGUGUAUGUACCUGACUUACAAUGUCAAUUGUAGACCGUUAUCCGCUUCUGUUUUUGCUUGCACAUUGCUCCAUUACGGUAAUUUACUCAAUUGAGCGUAUGUUAUUUGAAGUGUCUGCUCAGUCUUGUGUGUUUUUUGCCAAUAAUUUUGCACUGAAACAGCCUCUGGACUUGUUACGUAUUUUUUGUGACAGUUUACGACGGCUACGUCGGUUUGUAAAACUAGGUUGGCGUUCCCCCACUGACGGGCUUUAUUUAAACAGACACAUCAUAGAGACGCCGCGAGCGGACAACGCUCAACUACAUGCCCAUCGCUGAUAACUCUACCUUUGAACUUUUGUACGUUUCUCAUUACGAACAAGUAAAUCGACUCAUGUUUAUCUGAUUGUCCUACUGGCUCUUGUUCUCCUAGCUUGAUUCUUCUCGUAGGCCCGAAUUCCCGGGUCGGUUUCAUGAUGGUCACUGAUUUUUUCAUCUUUGUUGUCAGACGAACGUUGACGUGUUUGUCAACUACCCCUACACUAAUUUUGUUUGGUCUCAAAACACUGUGCAGAGCAAUUUAAACGAAACGAAACGUUCAGCCAUAUCACACUGUCGAUGCUUAGCUGCCACGUCACCCGAAGGAAGUACCAGGGCUAAGAUACUCUCAAGUUGCCCAAGCCUAGCCAGGAGCGAUCUGCUUGGAAUGAUGGUAAUGAUCUGCCCGCAAAUGUCGGAUUAUGUAAGAAUUAUGAAUGGACACCCCGGCUACUUGUUGGGUGAUCAAACAAAGGACAACAAAUGAAAAUGGGACAGGAUGUAGCCAGCCCGCCAUAUGACUGAUCCAGGUUAAUGCCCGUGUGUUUGUUGACCCAGGUUCCGCCACUUGGUCCUGAUUCAAC